ACGUGUGCAUCGGCUGAAACACAGCACUGCAUUUUUACGUGUUUUUGUAAGUGUUAAGAUUGACUGCAACGCUGAACUGACUGAACUGAGAAAAAAAGGUGGUGGCCAGAAGGAUAAAUGUUGUGACACGAGCAACAGGUAGAGUUGCUUUUACAUUCCUCAGCUAGUGAUACAAGAACACGUUUGUUCCCUGGGGAAGUACGGAAGUUGAAUACCGCCUGUGUCUGAGCUCUCAGGUCGUUUCAAAGCCGGGAGUAUCGGUGAGUUUACCGCGAGGUUUGGGGAUCAUUGAAUGCUGACCGAGAUUUUUAAAUCCAGAAGGGAGUCAGUCUGCAUCUUCAUUCAGCCCUGCUCAUCAUGCCCGUCCACAGGAGGCAGCCCAGUAUUGAACUUCUUGAAUUUAUGGGAGUGGUGAAAGAGAAUGGAAAUGAACAGACAUCACUUCCUCCUGUGCACACUCCUCUCUCGUAUGACUACGUCCUGGUUGCAAAAACCAUAGAUAACCAGCAGAGAGAGGCGUUCAAGAAGCAAACUGAAUACAUCGAAGAGCUGAAAAAGAAGAACAUGAAAGUCACUAAAAUCAUAGAUGAUGAUCUGGUCUUUUACGGGAUUCAAGCACCCAAAGAAAUAUUUGAGAAGUACAGGUACCUGCUCCGAGUGUCAGAUGCUUGUAACUGGAGCUCGGAUCAGAACGUGGUACCACUCAGCACCAGGAUAAGGAUUGUCCACUUCAUCCUGAAUCACACACCUAUACGUUCAGGAGAGGGUCUGCGGGAUCUUAUGAAGAUGAGGGUUUUCGAGGCACGCUUCUGUUUGCACGAGAAAAAGAAGCAGCGAGAGCUGAAGGAGAGCUGGGCACGAUGGACAGCCUGUCUCCAAGGGCAACCCAUAACUGCUGUCAGAAAUUACUUUGGGGAGAAGGUGGCCUUGUACUACCUGUGGCUGGGCUGGUACACGUAUCUGCUCAUCCCUCCUGCUCUCAUCGGGGUUAUAGUUUUCCUUUAUGGCCUUGCCUUCUUCAACAGCUCACCCCUCAUAAAGGAGGUCUGUGAUUCCGACACGGUGAUGUGUCCACUUUGUGACAAAAGAUGCAAAGUGUGGCAGCUCUCCGACACCUGCACAUAUGCAAAGGUGAGCCUGCUGUUCGAUAAUAACGGCACAGUGCUCUUUGCAAUGUUCAUGGCAGUGUGGGCCACGCUGUUUCUGGAGUUCUGGAAAAGACAUCGGGCCUCCUAUGUGUGCGAAUGGAAAGUGUCUGAUUGGUGUGAAGAGGAGGAGGAACUGAUUCUGGAAAUAGUAAACAACGUUAACUGUGCACCAAAAAAACACAAACAUUCUUAUCUGCGCAGCACUCUGGUCCUGAUCUGUGUCACUGUCAUGAUACUCGUGAUCAUCGGCCUGACCCAUGCCCUGGUGGUGUUCAGAGUUAUUGCAGCGGGGCUCCUGGCUAUGGGAUCAUGGGAGUUCCUGAGCACCCACUCUAACAGCGGGGCCAUGAUGCUUGGGGCCGUCCUCCAUUACCUCAUCAUCACGGUCAUGACACGGAUCAACAGGAUAGUCGCCAUGAAGCUGUGUGAAAUAGAGGAAACCCGAUCGUUCGCUGCCACAGAGAAAAGUUUCACUGUUAAGAUGUUCACCUUCCAGUUCUUCACAUAUUUCUCCUCUCUCUUCUACGUCGCUUUCUUUCUUGGCAGGAUAAAUGGUCAUCCAGGUGGAUAUGUCCGAAUUGCUGGACAGUGGAGACUAGAAGAGUGCCAUCCUAGUGGGUGCCUCACAGACCUGUUCAUCCAAAUGGCAAUUAUAAUGGUACUCAAACAAACCAUCAGUAAUGUCUUUGAGUUCACUGGCCCCUGGUUCUGCCGUUGGCUGAAGAGAAGACAGACGAGGAAGCUGCAGAGGAAAUGUGCUCACUGCUACCUGAAAGACGAAUCAGAGGCCAAAUAUGGAUCUGAACUUUGUGAGAACUGCAAGCUCCGAGACUGGCUCAGCAACUACAGGCUGAAUGAUGUCGACUCCUUCAGCCUGUUCAAUGAGUUUCUGGAGAUUGUGAUCCAGUUCAGCUUUACCACCAUAUUUGUGGCAGCGUUUCCCCUUGCUCCUCUGCUCGCCCUCAUUAAUAAUAUCAUCGAGAUUCGCUUGGAUGCUAUAAAAAUGGUCACUCUGGAGCGCAGACUGGUUCCUAAGAAAACAAAUGAUAUUGGUGUGUGGAUUGAUGUGUUGGAGGCGAUCGGUGUCCUGGCUGUCAUUGCAAACGGGCUGGUCAUUGGUGUUUCCUCAGACUUCAUUCCUCGACUGGUGUACCACUAUCGCUAUGGCCCAUGUGCCAACGGCACGGUCACAGAUGUUGACUGCAUGGCUGGAUACAUCAACAACUCCCUCUCUAUUGCACGAAUGGAUGACAAAAGCCUAAAAAAUGAGUUUACAAAAUUUCAGAUGAUCACCCCCAGUGGACUGAACGUCUCCUCUUGCAGCUACAAAGACUACAGGAGCAAUGAGGACUACAGUCUCACCCCACAGUUCUGGCUGAUAUUAGCUGUGCGCUUUGCAUUUGUCAUUCUGUUUGAGCAUGUUGUCGUCAUAUGUAAAUUCAUAGCGGCCUGGUUUGUACCGAGUGCUCCCAUGCAGGUCAAGAAUGACAGACUCUUUGAUAAACUCAACAGACUGAAAGAGGAGCUCAGUUCAUUCGAAGUGUGACAGCCCUGAGACCCUUUAAUGCUCCACAUUUUCCACAGAGGACAUGAACCCAGUGUUGCCUUGUGCAUUAAGAUGUCCGACUAUCGCAGUGUUGAGUCCACUUUAAAGCCAUUAAUCGUCUCUUCAGAGUUCGGAUGAAGGCUCUCACUCUCUUUUAUUGUUUGCAGUCAAAUGUUAAGUGCUGCUAUCUUGAUCCUCGGCUAUAAAAUGGACUUUUAAGACAGAAAGGUGGUAUGCUAACUGAUUUUACUGGCGAUGUCUUGUAUGAGAUUAUUAUGAUUCUAUUUUAAGAAUGCGUAGAUAGCUUGCUGUUGGAUCUCUAUAUUUGUGAGAAACAUGUGAGUGUUUUUAUGGAAGCCUAAGUAUAAUUUAUACUGCUUUUGCACAUGAAGUAAAGAUUGUGUGCUACAAUGCUGCCUUAUAUGGUAAAAAGCGCUGUGAUGAAUGUCAGCUCUGCAGAUGCAGUCCGAUGGUGUUUUUUGUAAAUCAGACAUGAGAAUGUUUUGCAUUGUAAUAUUUUAUAUUAUUGAAUAAAAGAGGA